AUGCAGUUCAAAUCCCUGGGGGCUUCGGUGCCGCAGGCCGUUGCGGGAGCGCGGAACCCAGCCUACGGCCGCAAACUGGGGGAGCUCCAAUUCGACCUGCGCGGGGAGCCGAACCUUCAUUGCCCCCUGAUGACCUCGCUCCAUGCCGAUGUUUAUGCCCUCCAGGCACUGGGCCGCCAUCGAGAAGGCAAUGUCAUCAUGUCGGCCUGGUUGCGCUUGGGUUACAUCGAUGUCAAGGAGCUGGCAGCUCUGAAGUUCGAAGGCGACCAGGACCGUUUGGAGGAGGUUUUGCGGCAGGUCAAGGGGUCCAUGGAGAGUCUGAUCAAUUUGGAUGAACUCCCAGACCUCCAGCUGGAGACUGCGGCUGCGGAUUUGGAUGCAGCAGUGCUGGCGCAAGCGCUGGUCGGAACCCGGCACACAUGGUGGCACCACACCACGGAGGAGACCUGCGUCCCUUUGCCUUCGUGGGCCAACAAACCUUUGGAGCUGUUGAUCCAAAAGUGGGUCAAAGAAUGGCAGGCUUGGGAAACUGAAGUCCAGCAGCGCCCCGGCCAGGCCCUCACCGCAGGCCGGCAGCGGAAGUACAAUGAGUGGCUAGCCAACCCGGAGCGCCACAUCAUCAUGGAUUUGAACAAGCAGCAGGAGGCCGUGGCUCCUUCAUCUCAAAACCCGCAGCAUGUUGCGCUUUGCAUCCAUAUGGCUAGGGAGCCGGAGAAGCUGUCCAUCAAAGUUCAGGAUACUUACCGCUUGCUGUUCGUCCGCCAAUACCUGCACGGGGAGGUGUCGCCGAGCACAAACACCUUAACACCUGAGGUGUGCCAUCCUGUUCCAGCAAGUGCCGAGCAGGUGGUGGUGGAUGUCGCCGAAGCAGCAGCAGCAGAAGCAU